AUGGACACGUUCCUGUGGAUGUUCCGGAGCGUCACGUUGAUCUUCGGCUUUCUGUACAUCUUUCCCUUCGGGGUAAAUCAGUCCCACUGUUACCAAAAGACACUGCUGUCAGCUGCGGCUUCGAACGCCCUUCGGUUACAGCAACGACUUGGCUAUUUCGAGUUCAGUUUGGCUUUUCUGCAUCGCGUGAUCGCCGAAGACGCGUGUCAUUACCUAUUCUAUUCAGCAGCGUUUCUUGGAUGUACUCCCAUGACCAUGGCUUUGAUGCCUGUGUUUAUUUUCGCCCUGUUGCACUGGUCAACUUUCACGAUUCAGCUGUUGACCUCUAUUGGGAAAAGUGGCAGUUUCUUGUGUCGUAAUCUCAUUCGCUUCAACCAAUCAUAUACUCAAUCAUUGCUUCAAGUCGUCUCGUUCUGUGAGAUGUUUCUGAUGCCUCUCGUCAUCGUGAUGGUCUUCAGUGGUCGUUGCAAUCUGUUUAUCCCCAUAAUUUACUACCGCUUUCUCACUCUUCGAUACGUGUCCCGUCGAAAUCCAUACACCAGGCAAGUAGUUAUCAGUAAUUAA